CAGAAAAUUUCUAAAACGCACAACAAAUAUCAGAAUGCUUAUAAAGCAUAUAUACUACAAGUUACUUAAAGCAGAUCACAAGUUUGCUAAAACAGACUAAAAAUAUCAUUACUCAUACCACAAGUUCAUAGAAGCAUACUAGUACUACAAACUCAUUAAAACAUGCCACAAAUUUCUUAAAGUAGACAACAAGUUUUUUAAAACAAAUCACAAGUUUCUUAAAAUAUUCCAAAAAUCUCAUAAAACAGAUCGCAAGUUUAUUAAAACAUAUCACAAGUUUCUGUAAGCAUAGAAGAAAACUCAUAAACUUGGAUAAAUUCGAAGUUUAAAAGUUUAGAUAUCAAAAUGUAAGACAUAAAUUUUUUGGUACUGAAAUGUAAUUGUCCAUCAAUUUGCUUAGGAUCUAUAUGAAAAAAAUAGUUUUAGGUACUAAAUCUUAAUAUCAUUUAAAUUUAAGUAUCAAACUGUAAAUUGCCUAUCAAUUCAAUUUGGACUGUUCUCGCCGUCGUCGUGGUCUCUGAAUUCUCCAUGGGUAAGUCUGUUUAAAUUUAAGUAUCAAACUGUAAAUUGCCUAUCAAUUCAAUUUGGACUGUUCUCACCGUCGUCGUGGUCUCUGAAUUCUCCAUGGGUAAGUCUGUGCCUUGUUUCCAAUAUUUCCCAUCUUUGUUUGGAGAAUUCGAUCUGUAAAAAAGGGCAGCUUUUUCUUUUUUUGGUAUGGUCGCUCUGUUUUCCUCUGUUUUGUAUCCAUGGAAACAGAGGCGACGUUUGGGAAAGAAGAUUGAACAGGCUGGUGGGUGGUGGUCUCUGGCCCAAAAGGGUUCUCCCUGAUUCCGUAUCUGACCACCACCACCGCCGUGACCUCCGCCACAGACUGCGAAAUAUCAGAGCAAAAAAGCUCUCCCAUGUCUCACUGAGUACGGCGGCGAGUGGACCCGCCGAUGUCGGGGCUUUUUCCGGACCGAGUUGGGAGAGGUUAGCCAAUAGCCACGGCGAGUGGGCGACUCGCUUCGUCACUCGGAUCAGGCAAAAAGGGGAAAGCACAAUCAUCACACCCACAACCCAAAACCCCUCCAAAAGAGAGAAAAAGAUGGAAGGGAAAAAGGGAAAGGGAAAUCAAUUGAUUGCAGGGUUGGCAAUUGAUUGCAGGGUUGGCAAUUAGUAACUUCCUCCCGCCUCCUCUUCCUUUACUCUCACUGCACAUUCCACCACUCUUCUUCUUACCCUUUCUUCUUCUUUGGGAUUUGAAAUGUCCGAUGUACCUCCGCCGGCGGCCGCGGCCACCGAGCCGGUGCCAGGAACCCCCGGAUCAUGGAAAUGAGGUCCGACCAGAGCCUUGGGCUCUUCCCCGGCGGCGGAGCUGGGACGAGGAAAUUCGGUUCAAGAGCCGAGAUCGACACGUCGCCGCCGUUUGGGUCUGUGAAGGAAGCCGUUACUCGUUUUGGCGGCAGCGGUCCCUGGGUUCCCUGUUAUAGAAUUGGGGAAGACUUGGUAAGUUCCCUUUUCUAGCUUUCUUCACUGCUUUUGACAUUUCCAUUCGAAUUGUGGUUUGUAUAGCUAAAUUGGGUACAGUACAGUAGAUAAUCAAAAUAGACGAACAAGGAAAGUAAAUUAUGGAGAAUUCUACUUGAGAGAACUUCAUCUGGGUAUUGCUCCUCUUAGUCUCGUAUUAAGAAACAAUGAAUGCAACUGUAGUGUGAAGGAUGUGUUCUUAACUAUACCGUGAGGUGUGUGCAACUAGCUAGGGACAAACUCUCCUAGUCAAUCGAUUAAGGAUCGCAACAAAAAGCUAGUGAACCUAGCUCUCUCAACCGAUCAACCAAGAAAACCCUAACUCUCUUAGUUGACCAAUUUAGGAUUGUUGCAUUAAGUUAGUAGACUAACGCUCUUACCUUUCGGCAAAGGAUGACAACAAUAGUCUAGACAAUCUAGCUCCCUCUAAACCGGUCGACUAAGGAUUGCAAAUAGAGGUGGCAAUUGGAUCGGAUUCGUGGAUUGGAUUGGUGGAUCCAUGGAUCAAAUGGAUUGGAUCCAAUGGAUUGGUGGAUUCAUGGAUUGGAUCAAAUAGAUUGGUGGAUUGAUCCAUGAAUCCAAAUGACAUCAAAGGCUUGGACCAAAAAGUAAAAUGUGAAAAGUUUUGGUACUAAAAUGUCAUAAUGAAAAUUUUUAGGUACCAAAAUGUAAUUUUCCAAUGAUAUUUUCGUAUAAAAAUAUAACUUUUAGGUACCAAAAUGUAAAAUAUAAAAAAUAUAGGUAAAUCGUAAUUUGCCAUUUGGAUCCAUGAAUCCAUCAAUCCAAUUGGAUUUGGAUCAAAUGGAUUGGAUUUACAUGGAUUGGAUUAGGUGGAUAAUUUGGUGGAUGGAUUGGAUUGGAUUGGAUUCAUGUAUUUGGAUCCUAAUUGCCACCUCUAAUUGCAAACCAAUCCCUCAGAACUUAAUCCGGAUUGCGGAGAGCGACCAAUCACGUCAAAAUCAGGGUACUAAUCUGAUACUUGAGUUUUUGGCCCUAGAUCAACCCAAAAGGGUUUACCCAAGUGGCUUGGAGAUCAAGCUCCCUAUGGGCCAAAGGGGGAUUUCCACAUUCUAGAUUAAUUUGACCCAAUAGUGAGAUAAUGCAAGCAACGCUCAAUCAUUCAUGAUUAAUACCUCAAAUAUUAUAUAGAACACACAAUCAACACAAUAGAAUCAAGUUCUUACAUCCUAACACAUAUCUAUGUAGAAUGAGUCGAGCGCGAGACCUUAGAAACGAUUUCCUCUUCUUCUCGAUUGACCCAGACACUGAGCAACCCUAAUUUUGACUUUGACAAGAGCAAGUAAGAAGAAUGGGGUAAACUACAGAAUGGAUCGAUACACAAGGCUGAAAGAUUUCCCUUUUGUAUUUACCUACACGACACCGAAUUGAAGUUGAGUGUUAAAGAGAAUUGGGCUUGGCUCAAUUCCACUUUCGUCAAUGAUAAGUUGGCCCAACUUAUUGUUACCCGAACGCUGCGUUUUAAGAACUUAUUGUACCUUCUUUUCUCCUAGGCCAAGUCGAUCAACUCUAUUACCGAAUUUUUACGUGGUAUCCGUGUUAGGUGAUUAAUGAACCUAACACCAACUAAUCCACGGUCGAAGGAUCUCUGUCUCGAGAUCUUCGACGUUUCACUAUGAUUUUUCGUUUAUCAAUCUACAAAGUAUCACUGAAUUGAUCUCAGAGUGACUCCCCGUCACUUGAUCACAACCACCCUGUAGAGUCUGCUCCCUGCACCUACUCUACCCUGACUUCUCAAUUCUUUUACCCGAGUUCUCUCCCUGACAACUCUAUUAUUUUUCUUUCUCCAACACUUAACCAAAAAACACUGUGUUUUUCU